CAAAAUAUCUCUAUCGUUACCCUUUCCCAAAAUAUAUAGAUAAGGCUCAAAGAACAGACGAAGGGACACGGGGGACAAACCUUCUCUUCAAUUUUCCGGCGAUUUCUCAGCAACCAAACAAAGCUUUCACUUGCUUUCUUAAAAUCGGUUCGUCAACAGCACAAAGAAAUUCGUGUAUCACAUCCCAAGUUGAAGCCCUAUCAAGAAGGAUGGAGAACCCAUUGGCACAAUCUGUUGAAGAUCUCCGGAUAGAUCUGAAGAACCAAUGUAUGUUGGAUUCCGGAACAGCUGAAUCUGAGGUUGAUGAAUUUUGGCCACUAUCAGGGAAACCUUACUUUCAUGUGUUUCUUGCUAAAUCUCAGCUGAAACCCUUGUACCAACUGCAUCUUCCAGUAAAAGCCCAACCAGUGCUUCCUAGUUCUAGAAUCCCCGUGGUUCUCACCUAUCGUGGCAAGAACUGGGAGAUUAUUUUGCAUGGAGAUAGCAGCCGCAAAAGGUUUGACCCCCCCAGUUGGAGAACAUUUGCCAGUGACAAUGAUCUGAAGGUUGGGGAUGCAUGUUUAUUUGAACUCGUGGAAUUCAGCAGCUCAAAUCACAAGUUUCGAGUUCAAAUUCUCAGAGGUGAUUUCCCAUCAGUGUUGUUGGAAAGGGUAAAUGGUGAGACUCCAAACACUCCUAUUGUCGUUGAUUAAGAUCUCGAUGCUGAUAUGAGGAUUUGUCUAACUUUUGUGACAAGAUUAUGGCAAGUAACUUGUAGGUAUAUGUAAUUCGUAUAUGGAUUGUUUGCUGUUUUCCAUGUUUAUGUAUAUGGGCUUCAAGUUUUUUGUAUGAAGAUCAUCUUUUUGUGCACAAAAUUUGUGACUGGACUUUCUUUCCUAUUUUAGGCAUGUGUUGGGUACCUUGAUCUUGUCAACAAA